AUUUGUGUCCACUUUGGCCUUUUGUUUUGUCCUUUGUUUGUUGGUUCUUUCUUUGGUUAUGAGCGCGUUUCAUGCUCAGUUGCUUUUUAUUCUCUGCAACUGCCAAACAAACAAGAUAAUAAUAAUAAUAAUAAUAAUGUUAGUAAUGAAAAUCACCAAGAACUAAACAACCCACAUGAAAUUUGUCACAAUCUUUUUGAAAUCAUUCACAGAUCUCAAGGAUCUCACAAUAAAGUUUUGGUCUUUUUGGUUCUUUACUCAGUUUGAUUCAAAUUCUUCAUAGUGACAACAAAAAGAAGCAAUUUUGGCAUCUGGGUUCUGUUGUUUGAUGCUCUCAUUGAAUUUUGUAUUAAAGUGAAGUUGAUUUUUUGUUGAAGAGUGUUUUUUUUUUUUUUUUGCUUUAUGAGAAUCUGAUUCCAAAAAAGUGGUCUUUUUUGUUUGUUUGUUUUGGAUAAGGUGAUAAGGACUCAACUUUGUUUGUGAGAAUGGGUUGUAGUUGUAAUGUUGUUAUUAAUUAUGGUGAGUUUAUGUAAGAGACACAUUGUAGAUAACUGAUAUUAGAGAAUGGAACUUUAUAGUUUGAUUUUCUGGUUACUUGGUUUGGUGCUUCAUUUGCUGGUGAAGAUUUCUUCUGCUGCUCUUUCUCCUUCUGGCAUAAACUAUGAAGUUGUAGCUUUGAUGGCUAUAAAGAAUGAGUUGAACGAUCCUCACAAUGUUUUAGAGAGUUGGGAUAUUAAUUCUGUUGAUCCAUGUAGCUGGAGGAUGAUUACUUGUAAUCCAGAUGGCUCAGUUUCUGCACUGGGAUUGCCUAGUCAGAACGUGUCUGGUUCACUAUCUCCUAGAAUUGGAAAUCUCAGUAACUUACAAUCUGUGUUACUUCAGAAUAAUGCUAUUUCGGGUCGUAUUCCGGCUGCAAUAGGAAACUUAGAAAAGCUUCAAACACUUGAUCUGUCCAAUAAUGAAUUUAGUGGCGAUAUACCUAGUUCUUUGGGACGCCUCAAGAACCUGAAUUAUUUGUGGUUAAAUAAUAACAGCCUUACAGGAGCAUGCCCUCAGUCUCUUAGCAACAUUGAAAGCCUAACCCUUGUGGAUCUCUCCUACAACAAUUUGAGUGGUUCCUUGCCAAGAAUAUCGGCAAGAACAUUAAAGAUUGUAGGUAAUCCAUUAAUUUGUGGUCCAAAAGAAAACAAUUGUUCUACCGUUUUGCCCGAGCCACUUUCCUUCCCACCAGACGCUUUAAAAGCUCAACCAAACACUGGUAAAAAAGGCCAUCACGUUGCACUUGCUUUUGGUGCAAGUUUCGGCGCUGCUUUUGUCGUUGUGAUUAUAGUUGGAUUUCUGUUUUGGUGGCGGUAUAGACACAAUCAACAGAUAUUCUUUGAUAUUAAUGAGCAUUACGACCCAGAAGUGCGCCUUGGUCAUUUAAAAAGGUAUUCAUUCAAAGAGCUUCGGGCUGCAACUGACCAUUUCAACUCAAAACACAUUCUAGGAAGAGGUGGCUUUGGAAUAGUUUACAAGGCAUGCUUGAACGACGGGUCGGUUGUGGCUGUUAAAAGGUUGAAGGACUAUAACGCAGCUGGUGGCGAGAUUCAAUUUCAAACAGAAGUUGAGACAAUUAGUUUGGCUGUCCACCGGAAUCUUUUGAGGCUUCGAGGGUUUUGCAGUACUCAGAAUGAAAGACUCCUUGUUUAUCCAUACAUGUCUAAUGGUAGUGUAGCCUCUAGAUUAAAAGAUCAUAUUCAUGGUCGGCCGGCCUUGGAUUGGACAAGGCGGAAGAGAAUAGCUUUAGGUACAGCAAGAGGAUUGGUUUAUUUACACGAGCAAUGCGACCCUAAAAUUAUCCAUCGUGAUGUCAAAGCAGCCAACAUACUGCUAGAUGAAGACUUUGAAGCAGUUGUAGGCGAUUUCGGUUUAGCUAAGCUUCUCGAUCACAGAGAUACUCAUGUGACCACUGCCGUGCGUGGCACUGUUGGUCACAUUGCUCCGGAAUACCUAUCCACAGGCCAGUCAUCGGAAAAGACUGACGUGUUCGGAUUUGGAAUCUUGCUGCUUGAGCUGAUCACAGGUCAUAAGGCUCUAGAUUUCGGUCGAGCAGCAAACCAGAAAGGUGUAAUGCUCGAUUGGGUUAAGAAGCUGCACUUGGAAGGAAGAUUAAGUCAAAUGGUAGAUAAAGAUCUAAAGGGAAUCUUCGACAUCGUUGAAUUGGGAGAAAUGGUUCAAGUAGCACUCUUGUGUACACAAUUUAAUCCUUCGCACCGUCCAAAAAUGUCCGAAGUGUUAAAGAUGUUGGAAGGAGACGGCUUGGCUGAGAGAUGGGAGGCCUCACAGCGAAUCGAAACACCUAGAUUUCGGUUAUGCGAAAAUCCGCCUCAAAGAUAUUCAGAUUUUAUAGAGGAAUCAUCACUCAUAGUAGAAGCCAUGGAACUUUCUGGCCCUAGGUGACACAAGCAUCUUGGUUUUUUUUACCAUUAUAGCUCUCAUGUUAUUUAAAUGGUGAGAAAGAGGACAUUGAUUGUGAUUAGUGUCAAUAGCUAGCUAUGUAAUGCUUGUAUUCAUCAUUUGUAAAAAGAAAAAAAAAGGGAAAAGUCAUGUAUAAGUAUCUUUGUUGUUGGAAUGUUUUUGAUUUUUUGCUGCAGAGUUGUUUGGAAUCAAUGUUAGAUAAUUGUACCUAGUUGCACUUAACAUGUUCUUUGAUUCUCUCCAUGUUGAGAUGAAGCAUGAGGCAAUCAUGUAGAUUAAUGCAAAUCUUGGAGAAAAGAA